UGGUGCAAAUUUCUCGUCAUGUCAUGAGCUGCUGCCUGGACCUGUUGGAACUAGCUGGCGCAGCAGUCCACAGUGUUGAGUCAACGUUGCAUCUGCGAGGCUGAGAGGCAGCGGCAUCCCUGCUCUGCUGUGAGGAGGAGACAGAUGAGAUGACUUAGCGACCGGGGCCAGCAGCUAGUGUCACUGUGAGGAGUGGAUCAAAUCGUGCUGUUAUUGUUCCCGCUAGUUACUUACCCGUGUUUUAACCCGCUGAUUAGUUUCAUCAAUGCUCUCAGCGAGCUGCCCCUCUCAUAGAUGUCGAUCUAACUUACUGCAAGCUAGCGUUAGCUCGCUGCUGCUCCCCUUCAGACAUUGAAGUGGCCACAUAAACAUGCGGAUCAUCGAGGCGGAGACCCCCGGGACAUCUCUCACCUUAAACGCUGCCUGCAGGAGGACACGAGUUUCGACUGGCCGCUGACCGGACCCUGCAAAGAGUCUCUGUAGAGGGAAAAGAACGACGGAUCUUAAGGACCAGAUUGCCCACCAAACUUUUCACCUCAGACAGAUCACCAGGGACCAUGCUGACCAUCCUAGCUGCUGGGUCUGUGUUCUUUCCAGGCCUUUUUCUUCUGUCCAAACAAUGCCUGAAGACGAUCCCAGCACUGAGGUGGAGCGAAGGAGAUGCAGUCAUUGUAUCUGCCAGGUUGGUGUCAUCAAUUCAGGCAGUCAUGGCUUCCUCAGCUGGCUACAUCAUAGCUUCUUCCUGCGAGGACGUCAUUGAGGACCAGCAUUGGCUGACUAGCACUUACAUCAUGUUUGCUGUUCCUUACUUCGUCUAUGACAUCUACGCGAUGUUCAUGUGCUACUGGUACAAGCUACGGGUCAAAGGGCACGAGGAGGCCUCUGCAGCACCCCAACAUAUGAGCUCGGCACUGACCAGCUACUUGCGUCGCGAGUUCCUCAUGGUGCUGCACCAUGUUGUCAUGGUCACUGUCUGCUUCCCCGUCUCUGUGUUUUGGCGACAAGGAAAGGGAGAUUAUUUCCAGGGUAUAAUGUUCAUGGCGGAACUCAGCACCCCAUCCGUCUGCUUAGGAAAAAUACUCAUCCAGUACAAACAGCAACACACUCUCCUGCACAAAGUGAAUGGGGCUCUUAUGCUGAUCACUUUUUUCAUCUGUCGAGUCCUCCUCUUCCCUUACCUCUACUACGUCUAUGGAAGGUACGCGUCCAUUCCCUUCCACAUGGUCCCCCUGUCGGUGCCGUGGCACUGCAACCUGGGUGCUGGUCUGCUCAUGGCCCCCCAGCUCUAUUGGUUCUCCCUCAUUUGUAGGGGUGCCCUGCGACUAUUCACAGGCUCCUCCCGCUCUCAGAGACCGCGCUCCGGCACAGCUGCAGCCAAGGAUCGGCAGGCGGAUAGCAGUGCGCUGCAGCAGCCUGCCAAUGGCUACAGCGCACGCUCCACAGAGUCCGAGCUGCCCACCCACUGAGAAGGGUGGAGGGGGAGGGGGGGAGGGAAGGAAGGCGAAUGUACCAAUGAGUAUGUAAAGGAAGGAAAGCUAUGAGGGAAAAAUGAGACUUGAAACAAGUAGCAAUAUGAAGAAAGCUACAGACAAUGGCCUCAAACAGCGUCGAAGUUUUUGCGGCCAGCAGUCAAACUCUAAAUGCCAAAUGUUUGCUUGCUGGCCUUCAAGCACUUCAGCUUCUCAGUUUGAAGGAAUCACAUGGAGUGUUAGCGCACUCAGUAUUUAAAGAUGUCAUCAGGCACGGUGACGGAUAGGAACAUGCACUGACCUGAGAGGAAUUUGCCUGGAUGUAUAGCAAGCAUAGGUGGCUAUUUCCCUCAUGUAGAUCAAAUUCAGUCCUCUCUGCCUCACUGUACAGGAAGAGCAGGAAAAUAGGAAUGUAUUAUAUUGUAUGUUAGUACAUUUGCUGUAGAUGGAAGGCCUGAUUCAGUUUAGUAAUGAAGAAGACCUUCAAAAAAGAAAAAAAACGCGGCUAAGCAGUAUUUUGACUUGUUAGUGUUUAUUAUCUGUAUCCUCUAUGUAGUCACUGUCACUCUAACAAAAUGUAACCAACCUGCAGACUGACUCACCUUUUUAGAAGGGAGAUAAUCUCAUAAGACUGUAUACUGCUGCCUUAUCCCUUUUUCUCCCAUUCUCCACUCUUUCUUUACAUUUUAAUUAAUUUUUUCCUCGGAGGAGAAGGAAGAGGCUCCCUCAGACAGACUAAUGUGAUGGGUGUACAUAGCUGAUGUAAAAUUGUCCUCAUUUCCACGUCAGUAUUAGGUCUUUGUUGAUUUUUUUUAAAUUUUGAGUUUUUGUCUUGUUUCUGCAGCGCAACUUUUUCAUCCACAUUUCAGCAUUAAAAAAAACAUUUCAGUUUUACAGCUCAGUGUAAAACCCUACAGAAGUGCUUAUUGUUUCAGUGUAGAUACAAUUUCAUUCCAUUUACUGCUAUCACUAAGGGUUUUUUGGCAUUUUGCAUUCAGGAAAGUGAUGCACAGUAACACUCACUUUACACGUCUUUUUGUUGAUUUCAUUGCUUAUGUUGCCAUUAUUUGAUCGGCUUCACUAAGGGAUCCAUGAGCUUGGAGUGUUUCUAGCUUUGUUAGGGGCCUCCUGAACUCAAAGGGAAACAAAACAAUCUAGGGAAGCAUUCCCUUGUGAUUGACAUGCAACACGUGUCCAUGAUAGUUUCUACAAUUCUUUUUUUUUUUUUUUAACCAUUCUUGAGUCUAUGAAUCGUUUUAGACUUUUACAUUUUUAUGGUUUGCUUUGCUUGUUGAGCCGUUUCAUUUGAGCCACUGGUUCUAUGAACCUUUUAUGAACAAACCUACUAAGUUUUAUAAUUUUAUGUUUUGUUUAAAGCAGCUUCACUAUCCUGGUAAUGGGUCUAGAAAAAAAUCAAAGCUCAGAAACCAUUAAGACAGGGCAGCGUGUGCCAAAAACCCAUCUGGACAACUGUGGGCAUGUUGAACACAGAGUAUCCAUUCCCCUGUUCCAUGAACUCAUAAGGUACUGCUUCUUGACAAUACUAAAACAUUUCAACUGAUGUACUGUAUAUUCCACAAAAUGCUUGUUAUUUAUUUGUAAGUAUUUAUUUAUUUAUUUAUUUGGUUUGUGGUUUUGAAUGCAUAUUUAUGCAUACAUAUUAUACUAUAUGCUUCUGAGCCUUAUGUGAAGGCUGUAUUGUUACUCGAAACUUAGCUAAAAUAUACUUCUCUGUCCUGA